CACACACACACACAGAGGCACGACGCACACACACACACACACACACAUAGGCACGACGCACACAAGACACAGUUGCGCACGUUGAGCAAAAGGAAUUGUGUCACGGGAGGAUCUGGGAACACCAACAACUGAUACGCACACACAACACACGCGCACACAAACACACACACACACAACACAUGCGCGCGCACGAGCAAGGAAGGUAGUGUGUUUGGUUUGCUGGUGUGUAUUGAGGAUUUUUUAACAGCAGCAACUGGAGUUCAUCAAGUCUCCCAGACAGACAGCGGAGGAUAAGCAGCCCAACAAGUGGGUUAAAAACAACCCAACACUGGCUGGCAACAGGGAAACGAGAGCACGGACGUGAUGAAGGUCACGGUGUGUUUCGGGCGUGUUCGCGUCUGCGUCCCGUGCGGCGACGGCAACUUGAAGAUCAACACUCUGGUGCAGCAGGCCAUCACAAGAUACAGAAGAGCCAUCGCAAAGGACUCGACCUACUGGGUGUGUGUCCAUCGACUGGAGCAUUCGGAUGGCGGCAUCCUCGACCUGGACGACACCCUGUGUGACGUGGUGGACGACAGAGAUCGGCUGGUGUGUGUCUACGAUGAGGAGUGUCCACAGAUUCAUGAGAGCAUCAGCGGCACCCAGAGUCCGGCCCUCUCCAUCGCAUCUGACCUAGGUUCGGCCUUUUCUGCGUUCCAGCCUUACAGCGGGGGGCUGAGCGAGAUUGAAGUCACCCCCACCUCACUACGCACCAUGCGGCGCAGUAGCGACCCGGCGCUAGUUAGCGUAGCGGUCGUGUCGCUAACGGAGAUCCCCCAACGACCCGACGGCCCAUCCAGACGCAAGUCUCCUCUAGAUUCUUCUUAUCGAAGUCUCCCCCGUAGCCACACCCCUUCCCACCACCACUGGACCAAUCAGAGAGCCGGCACACCUUCUUCAUCCUCCUCCAAUCAGAAGACAGCCUCAGACUAUUCCACCAAUAGGAAGACAGAGUCGGGUUACUGGUCAACCAAUCGGAGACGAGAAGGCACCAGAGCUGCGCAGCCAUUGGUGGAGGGCUGGCUGGAGAAACAACACGGCAAGGAAGAAGAUGCGCGAAUUGAACCGGUGGGACAGGAUGACACGUGCUCUGAACACACACACGUCAAGUCACUGGAUGACAUCAUCAGGCUGGUGGAGGUGUCCAAUGACGGCGGGCCGCUGGGGAUCCACGUCGUGCCCUUUAGUGGACGAGACCGCAGAACGCUGGGUCUACUGGUUAGGCGGCUGGAGUUGGGAGGUAAAGCCGAACUCCAGGGUUUGUUUCAAGAGGAAGACUGCAUCGUACGAAUCAAUAACGCAGACCUGAGGAACACACACUUCUCACAGGCCCAGAGUCUAUUCCGGCAAGCCAUGACGUCCCCGCUGAUCCAGUUCCACGUGGUCCCGAAAGACAAGAAGACAGAAUACGAAGAAUUAACCCAAAACACUCACGCACACUUGUACACACACGCACACAACACGGAACACACACACACCCUCCUGGACAACUUGCAUCAGCAAACACACACGCCACCACACAUACACAAAGACACAACAACAACAACAACCACAACCACGCCAACAACACAAGACUACGAAUCGCCACACACACGACCAUACGUGCUCGUACACACACCGACACACACACCAAUGUCAGACCGAGAUUUCCACACACACACACUGAAAGACACGCCCAUAUUAGACUACGAGCCAGAGACGCAACAAAUCACACACACGCCAUCAGACACACGUAGUGUACACACACGUCGAACGCAAACGCCCACACACACCUACGCUGCCAACAGCCAAUGGGAUUCAAGCUUCAAUUCGCCUCUACCAAUGGCUGAGGAGCUUCUCGACGGUCUGCAACAGCAGCAGCAACAAGUCUCUCCCACACUGUGGGCUCAUCCAAUGGGGAAGCCUCCUUCCGGGCAGGUGGGCCAAUCAGGGAACAGUGUUAGUGUUGGGGGCGGACCAGGAAGUAGAAGUCUUAGCACCACCCCCACGGGGACCAAGAAGCUCCUGAUUGGACGGAAGAUCGCCAUUCAGCUACGCAAGGGUCCAGACGGUCUCGGCUUCAGUCUCACCACCCGAGACACGCCCACUUCCUCAAACACACAACCAGGAAGUGGCGCAUGUCAUGUGACAGGAAGUGGAACAGGUCAUGUGACAGGAAGUGGAAAUGGGGGAAGUGGAGGCGGAGCAGGAGGUCACAUGACAGGAAGUGGAGGCGGAGCAGGAGGUCAUGUGACAGGAAGUGGAGGCGGAGCAGGAGGUCAUGUGACAGGAAGUGGACCGGGAAGUCCCGCCCUCUUGUGUGUGAAGAAGAUCCUGACGCGAGGCUCCGCCAAUCAGGAUGGCCGAUUGCGAGCUGGAGACAGAAUACUGCAGGUGAAUGGUCUGGAUGUGAGUGGGAGGGGCCAAGAGGAGGUGGUGUCUUUACUCCGAGCCACGCCCCUGGGAGGAGUCAUCAAGCUGAUCGUACUACGCCCACACGAAGAGACAUCCGACCACACCAAUCACCCGGACGAUAGUCGCUAUGGCGAUGACCCCAGAGGUCAGACUCGAGGAGGGAUUGAGGUCAUCAAAGGAGGCGGAAUGGUGACCUUUGACCUCACCCUCUCGCUGGUCGACAAGUUAGAGGAUGGCACGGAGAGACGCGAUGGCCUGGGUGUGUGUGUGAAAGGCAGCAGGUGUCGUGAUUCUCACUCUGACUUGGGGAUCUACGUCAAGUCUAUUGUGGAAGGAGGAGCAGCCUGGAAGGACGGCCGGCUGCGCGUGAACGACCAGAUCCUGUGCGUGAACGGAGACUCCCUAUUGGCCAAGACCAACCAGGAGGCGAUGAUGUCACUACGCAGCGCCAUGGCAGCGAGCAGAGAGGGCGGAGUCAUCGAGCUGGUCAUCGCACGCAGAGAGGGCGGCGGUGUGUGUGUGAGUCCGUCUCUAGACGAACGUCGUAUCCCAAACAAUGGAAAGGAAUCAGCUGACCAAUCGCCAUCCAGCUCUUCCCACCGCGUCUUAGACACCAGGAUGUGUUCCGACUCCGAACAAACAAACGAAAAGCAGAGCAUGUCGUGUGUAUCGGGGACCUCAGAAAACCCCCACGCUAACACACAUGCUAGCACACACACUAACUCACACACACCGACGCACUCUCCGACGCAGGUCCCCACUCGACGUUUGUUUGAGCGUGAAGGGUUCGGCAGAGCCAGCAUGUCGGAGAAACGAAAAUCCAGCAAAUCUAGAAGCACAGACUCGGAUUGCUCUGUGCAAGACUCGCCCCUCAGUCCCGCCCCUUCAACUUCAUUGGACAGCCUGAGCUGUCAAUCAACGGCGACGGCCGCUUCCACACCCCUGAUUGGCAGAGAGGAGAACGAGGACGAGAAGCUGCAACAUGACCCCGCCUCCUCAGCCUUCCAGAGGACCAAUCGCGUCGGAGCAGGAAGUGUGGCCCCUCCCCUGAGGGGGCGUGGCUGGAACGACAGCUUCCGGCAGGCCAUGGACAAAUCCUACGAGCUGAUUGGUGCAGAGGCCUCCACCAAUGAGGAGGAAGACGAGGGCCUGGACACGCUGGAUUCAGAAGAGGACUGUGAGUCUGUGCGUUCCUCAGCCCCCUCCUCCACCAAUCAAACCCACCUCAUCCAUCAGCCAGCCAAUAGGACGACCCCAACCGCACUCCUCAGCCAACCCCAGAGCAGGAGGACGCCGACAAACCAAUCGGAUUCCAGGAGGACGCCGACCAACCUCCUCAUCCAGACAAGCAGGAGGACCCCGACCAGCCUGCUCAGCCAAUCGGAUUUAAGGAGAACGCCGACGACGAGCCAACUGGAUGGCGGCGGGUCCAAGCCCUCGAGAAAGGAGGAGAAGAAAGAGCGGGAGAAGGAGAGAGAGAAAGAGAAGGAGAGAGAGAAAGAGAGAGAGAAAGAGAAAGGAGGGAAGGGGAAGAGAGGAGUACUGAAGGGACUAGGAGACAUGUUCAGGUUUGGGAAGCAUCGCAGUAAAGACGAGCAGGCGGGCAGCAACCAAUCAUCCCGCAGCUCCUCCGCCGAGAGGCGGGGCUUCCGCAAGUGGCGCUCCGACGACAGCCAGUCGGGGUGUUCGGAAGACGAGGGGACGACGACGAUGUCAUCGCAGCAACGCCGAAUCAGCAGGCAGGAAUUGGAGAGAAGCAAGACAAGGGAAUUCCGAGAGCGCACGCACACUCCAACCACCCAACAAGCACACACACAAACACUCACACGGACUCACACGCCCACACACACACUCACGCGAACCCACACGCCUCGCACCAACACACACACACCCCAUCAAGACGACGAUCAAACACACACACACAUGCGCGUCUUCGCACACACGCCCGCCUACACGCUAACACGCACACACACACCCACGCACAGGAACAACGCAGAUGGUCAACAACACACACGCACGACACACACACUCACGCCACCCAUGGACAGCAGACACACACAACAACAACAACAACAACAACAACAACAACAACAAGGACAACACACACACACAUCAUACACACACCCUGGGAGCCCCGGAGGCGACAGCACUUCUAUUGCUGAGAGUCGCCUGUCACCAGGCAACCGUCGUCCAAUCCGGAUCCUGCGUCGCGACCUGCUCUCCUCUCCGCCACGCGCACACAGGGAGGAGUCACAACGCUACAGCAGCCAAUCACAGCAGCCCAGGGAGGAGUCACAACGCUACAGUAGCCAAUCACAGCAGUCGCAGCAGCCCUGGGUGGUUCGCCAGUCGGGUCGCCAUUCUGUGACGGAGCCCAAACUAGAGAGAGAGUCAUCACUCAGACUCAACCAACGACCACACACACAUAUACCCAGACGUCCAAGCACGACCCCUCCUGGUUCCGGCACCAGCUCCGUUACCCGUAGCAACAGCCUCCAUAACAACAACAAUCAUCCCACCAAUAGCAGGAGCCCUCCCCUCUGGAGUCCCUCCCCUUCUCCGGGCCUCAACCAAUCCGCUUCCGCUUCCACUUCUGGGAUAAGCUCCUCCUCUUCUCCUGGCAUGAACCAAUCGCAUUCUUCCACUUCCUCCUCUCCUUCUUCGCCUCUGUCCUAUAUUAGAUUGCGACCACAUGCACCAGUGCACGCCCACACACACGCGCCGGCGACGCACACACACUCUCGAGCAAAGACGCAGUAGUCAAUAAGUAGCAGUUAUUGAAAACUGCAGCAAUGCAAAAUUCGUCUGCAAAUGUGUUACUCUUCAAUUGCUCUCUUGUAAUUAAGAUGAUGCCUUGCUACGUAUGUCAUUUUUGUGAUUGUUCUUCUAUCUUGUAUUGGAUUGCACUUGUAGUUCAUUAGCCAUGCUUUAUAAUGGGUUUCAAUGGGGGAAAAGACUACACCCCAUGCUUUAUAAUGGGUUUCAAUGGGGGACAAGACUACACCCCAUGCUUUAUAAUGGGUUUCAAUGGGGGACAAGACUACACCCCAUGCUUUAUAAUGGGUUUCAUGAAGAGGCCAUUUUUGUUGUUCAACAGGCACUUACUGUACAACUGUAGUUGUUAUCGAAAACUGUAUGUCACAUGGCAACUGCCUUUCGUUGUUGUCUUGAAAAAAAAAACUCCACAUUUUGAAAAGUGAAUUUAGGUAUUACUAUUUAUUCAAUUAUUUAUUUAUUUAAUCUAUAAAUCAAUGUACUAUAUAGUCAGUCGCCCAUGAGUAUAUAAGAUUUACAAAGUUAGUGAACUUCAACUUGUAAAUACUGCAAUGUUCUCAAUUUCUUGAGCAGCUGGUGAAUUCAUUUUUGUAGUUCAGUAGCCAUGACUUACAAUGGGUUUCAAUAGGAUAAAAGACUACAGAGGCCAUUUUGGAUUGUAAAUUUAAAGUGGGGUUAACACGGUUUCUCCAAUACAGCCAACUUUUUUUCACAUUUGGUUUUGCAAUGAAGAAAAAAUGAAAGUUAUUGUGCUAAUGAGAAAGAGAGAGCAAGAGAGAGAUAGAGAGAUAUUUUCAGUUGUUUAUUUACUAAAACACACACCAGAGCGUGAAGAUGUUGGAAAAUGUUGUAUGUAAUAAAUAUCAUGGCUUCUUACGUGUAAAUAAACUGAAAACUGAAAAUAAAUUUGAAAUAAGUCUGCCCUUUGUUUUGCAGAACUGGUUGUAUAUUGGUCCUCUCAGAAGAGGUUUCUUCAUGAUUCAUGAUGAUUUCUUUAUUCUUGAUUAAAGAAGACACCAAUGGCAUGGACACAGGCCCUGGACUGGCAA